AGCAGCCAAAAUCAUCAGUAUAAAAGGAAGUGGUAGCAAUUAGUAGCUCAAGAGGAGGAAGAAAGUAAGGCAUUAUCCCUUCUGAAAGUUCAAAUUUUGCAAAUCAUAACCAACUUCUCACCUUCACUCAUAUAGCCAGACACCUAGAAAAAACACAAAAAGGUUUUUUAACGGCCCCCUUUCUUGUGCCUGCUUGAUGCUACACUUUUUCUCCCUUUCCUUCAACUCCUCAGUUUCAAUAAUCCUUCAAAAUUAAAGUUGGUUUAUUAGUCAUCUUAAUCCCUCUUGUCAGUACUCUUAUACAUAAAAACAUACUUGCCUCAUUCAAAUUUAGCAUAAAGAAAUUACAGAGAAGAUGGUAGCUGUUGAAAAUGAAGUGAGGAUAGUGGUGAGGGAAUUCAACCGCAAGAAAGAUUGCAAAGAAGUUGAAGAGGUAGAAAGAACAUGUGAAGUUGGGCCAAGUGGUAAACUCUCUCUUUUCACUGACCUUUUAGGUGACCCUAUUUGCAGAGUUCGCCAUUCCCCUGCCUAUCUCAUGCUGGUGGCAGAGAUAGUGGUGCGAAAUGGAGGAGGAGAAGAAAAAAGGGGAAUAGUAGGGAUGAUAAGAGGUUGCAUCAAAACCGUUACGUGUGGAAAGAGAAUGUCGAGGAACGAGAAGAACAAUCAGGAUUUCACAAAAUUACAUCAUCAAUAUCCUCAACACCUACCUGUUUUCACUAAACUUGCUUAUAUUUUAGGCCUUCGUGUCUCUCCCUAUCACCGGAGAAAGGGAAUUGGGUUGAAAUUGGUGCACAAAAUGGAGGAAUGGUUUAAAGAAAAUGGUGCUGAAUAUUCAUACAUAGCUACUGAAAAUGACAACCAAGCUUCUGUAAAUCUCUUCACACACAAAUGUGGUUACAACAAGUUUCGUACCCCAUCCAUUCUAGUCCAACCCGUUUUUGCUCACCGGGUCAAAAUCUCAAAACGGGUCACCAUAUUCGAACUCAACCCAAAUGAAGCUGAAACACUAUAUCGCCACAAAUUCUCCACCUCAGAAUUUUUCCCUAAAGACAUUGACUCAAUUCUCAAGAAUAAACUAAAUUUGGGCACUUUUCUAGCAGUACCAAAGGGUGUUUUUUCGGGUUGGCCCGGUGUGAACGAGUUUUUAGCGGCUCAACCCGAGUCAUGGGCUGUACUAAGUGUAUGGAACUGUAAAGACGUGUUCAAUCUUGAAGUUCGUGGCGCGUCACGCGUGACAAAAGGUCUAGCUAAAACAAGUCGUUUAAUGGACCGGGCUUUUCCUUGGCUAAAAGUUCCAUCUGUGCCCGAAGUUUUCAGGCCAUUUGGGCUUCAUUUUAUGUAUGGGCUUGGUGGUGAAGGCCCAUUGUCCGUGAAGUUAACUAAGGCGCUUUGUGAUUUUGCACAUAACUUAGCUAGAAAAUCGCGUUGUGGAGUGGUGGUAACAGAAGUAGCAAGUUGCGAACCGCUUAAGUUAGGAAUUCCACACUGGAAAAAACUAUCAUGCGCCGAGGAUUUAUGGUGCAUAAAACGGUUAGGGGAAGACUAUAGUGAUGGGUCUAUAGGUGACUGGACAAAAUCAAAGCCUGGUCUUUCUAUUUUUGUUGAUCCCAGAGAAUUUUAGUAACUUUUAAUAGACAAAUAUAAUCUAAUUUAGGAGUCUUUAUUUGGGAUCAACUUUAUAUAAUUGAAGAAUCAGAGGUGUUGAGGUGAAGAGAGAAUAUAGAGAAGAGAUGGGAUACGUCACUUUUUGAUUGUUGUUGGCUUCUUGUUGUGAAGGGGGAUUUUGGAAUAUCCCUUUGUUUCUGACUUUUUGUUUUAUGUAAAUGGAUGUGACCUUGUUUAAGAUCCUCUUUUAAUAUGCCAUAUUUUUUUGUUAUAUUUGGGAUUAUA